AUGAAACCAUAAGAUUUCACCCUGCUCUAGUUGGACGUGCUUUUCAUUUUCAUGUGAAUUUUCAUGCUGAUAUUUGUUCCUUACUAACAAUAAGGGACACAACAUGGCCACUGUUGACGAAUUCAUUCAGUCGACACGAUCUUUCUUGAAAGAUUUUUGUGACCAACUAGGUUGGCAGUACCCAUCGAAAUCUGUCGCGAUCCAAAGAGACCAAUGUAAGGUCCCUGAUUCUGUUAUUGAUGGACCCCGAAAUGAAGAAAGGAGCGAAGAAAAUGAUCAGCUUUUCCCGCCUUCAUUUGAUGAAAGCGAUCGUUGUUCAAUUCAGCUUUCAAAGUCCUUGGUGUCUGAAGUACUUCUUAAAUCAGGGAAUUUGGCUGAUGGAAGAAAUUAUGAUUUUGUGAUUCCAAAGUCAUCAUCUGAUUUGCAAGUUUAUUUCAAUCCGUCGCAGAGGCUGGCUUUGUACGAUCAUAUUGUAGAGCAAACUAAAGACCAGGUGCAGACCCUACCACUGAAUGAGUUUGAUCUGGCCUUUUUCGAUGGUUACUCAGAAUGCAGCGACCAGACAAGGAGCGAAAAGUCUAAAUACGACUUGCUCAGCGAAGAGAGAGAUCAUAAAAGACGAAGAGUCAACUACAAGCAUAUCAAGAAAGUGCACACUAAAAACAAAAGCCACACAGAGGUUAUGGCUGAGGUUAUCUCGAAUCAGAUGGAAAUGUAUCAGGAGUGGCUGAAGGCUUGCAAUGUGACAAAAGAAGACUCGAACCCACAAAUAAACAUAAAGGAGGAGAAAUCUCAGCAGGCUGAGCACAACUCGAGAAAGAGACACCGAGAGAGAAGUAGAAGUCCUCAUCACAAGCGCGGUAAAAAACACCACAGGGAAAAAUCUGAGAGGGAGCAUAAAGAUAAAGAAAAGCGGCACGGAAAGCAUAAAAAACACAAAAAGGAUAAAAAGUAGACAUAUUAUAAUAUUUAUUUGAACGUUUGAAAGAAAAUAUUUUUUUACGAUGUCAAAAUAAAUUGGAUGGUUGAAAUGAAAGUCACUCAAUUGUUUAUAUUUUACAGUUUAUUUAACAGUUUAAAUAAACAAACAUAAUUUAAUUUGAAUGUAUCCUAACCUGGUCAUUUUUGAACAAAUUAAAUUAAUUGGUACAAAGGGUUGGCUGUGUGGCAUACCAACGAAUUCAGUUUACUUAAGCUACUACCUAAAUAGGCUCAAGAUGAAGUCGACCAACAUCAAUGUAAAGUAAAUUUCACGCUACAUAGUCUAAUGGAAAUGUAUAAUACAAAUAAUGUUGGAUGCGACUCAUGUGUUCACAACCUGAGUGUUCAAGAAACAGAAAACUAUUUUCAGAAUGGCAGGGUAAUAUUUUUAGAGUUGCUUCUAUUUGUCAAACAAUUCCUCAGGUUCUCAAU